AUGGAUUGGGGUGCGUUUGCUGGUGCUGGAGUUGGCAGUUGCGCUGUGGUACUGGUUGGAGGAAUUGUCUCAAAUCUGGCCUUCAAGCGCUACUGGAAAAAGAAGUCGCUGCUGCAAGAGAGAGAUGUGGAAAUUGGGCCUGCUUCUGAUGAGGGAGAGAAGGAGGAGGUGCGACAGAAGCUGCGCGAUGCUAUCGAAUCCAGAGAUCCUGAGAAUUUGAGGAAUGGAAUCGAAAAAGCCGAAGCUUUGGACAUGAAAGAGCAAGUAGUGACAGAUGCCCGACGUGUUCUCAAGGAGGAGAAGGAUGCUGUAAAGAAAAUGCUCAAAGAUGCUGUUGCUGCCCGCGAUCCGCAAGGCCUAAGGACUGGGAUUGCAAAAGGGGAGGCCUUGGGCAUGAAGGACAGCGAAUUGGCUGAGGCAUGCCGAGUGCUUGAGGAGGAGAAGGCAGCCACCAAGCAGGAACUGCAACAAGCCAUGGAAGCUCGUGACAUUGACCGCUUGAGGGCUGCCAUUGAAAGGGGCGAGGCUCUUGGACUGAAGCCAGGAGAUUUGGUUGAGCCGAAAAAGGUCUUGAAAGAGCUGGAGAAGGCGGAGAAGGAAAAGAAGAAAAAGGUGAAGAGAGUGAAGACCGCAGAAGAGGCCCCAGUGAGGGAAGAGGUGAUGGGCAGAGAGCCGACGGAUCCGAUGGAGGAGGUUCCAGACCCACCAUUGGUUUUGCCUCACGAGGGGUCACGACCGGCAUCAAUCAUCCCAUCGCUGCGAUCCUUUGGCUUCAGUCUCCGAUCAAUUGCAUCUCAGAUGCUUUGGGUUGACUCCUGCGAAGUCACCAUAGGGUGCAACGGAAACAUCACGGAGAGGACAGAGUAUGACGAACGGUCUCGCGCAGGCACUGAGCAGAUGGUGAUCCAGGAAGCAAGCCCCACUCGAUGUGCUCAGAUUUGA